AUGGACCAGAUAAGAGCUCGAGAAGCCACACCCCUUCCUCAACUCAUUGUCUCUCUUUUAACCUACUGGACCUCUCCCACCGCUGCCCAUGGCAUCACUCUUGAAGCAGUUCCACCCAAUGUUGCUGUAGGGAAUGACGUUCUUUUACAUGCCCACAAUGUGCCGAUUGAUGUCUAUACACUUUCCUGGUACAAAAUCAUUGAUCGCGUGAAGAUCAACAUGGCCUACUAUAAAAAACACUGGCAUUCAAUAUACUAUGAGCAUCGUUAUGCUGGUAUGAUUGAAAUGUUCUUCAAUAAAUCCCUGCUCAUCAAGAAUGUCAGUAAGGAUGACCCAGGAGACUACGGAAUAGCAGUGGCUUUUAGUGACCAAAGUACUGAUCUUGUAAACGUGAAGUUUCAUGUAUACUAUCCAGUGACUACACCAUCCAUCCAAGUCAACAAAACCAUAGACAAAACCCUGACCUCUGUGUUCCUGAAGUGCCUGUCAAUCGACAUUAAUAUCUCCAUUCAUUGGUUCUUCAAAGGCCAGAAGUCUGAGGAUCACAAAUAG